AAUGGCUACGGAAUCUAAUGAUAAAGAAACUGAUGAAUUGACAGCAGGAACUCGUGAUUUAAAAUUAGAUUCUGUGCACUUUAAAUGUAAAAUAAAAAUACCAAUAAAACUACUGCUUCAUCAAAGGUCAGACAGAACUGUCAAAUCCUUGGAUAUAGCUACUGAGGAUCAUCCUAAUGGAGUAUUUUUCUACCCACGACUGGUGGACAAUGUUGGAGACACACAACAAACUAUUAAAUUAUACAGCGAUUGGGAUAAAGAAAAAGGAAUAUUUCAUUUGAAAACAAUAAAUCUCAACUUAGAAAAAAGAAAAAUUACCAUUUUUCCACGUGACUUUAAAGGAAAUGAGGAGAAACCAGGACUUUUAACUUAUAAUGUUUCAAAGGAUGGCAAAUGUGAUUUCGAAAAGUCUCAAUUGAUCAUUGAAUGGAAUCAAGAUACAAGCAUGAAUGCAACUUUGGAGGAAAAAUUGGAUAGAGUUCGGAAUAUAAGAAUUGGAACAUUUAAUAUUAAAAAGGGAAAGAUUGAGCAAGAAAUUUCAAAACUCAUACAAAAUUUUGAUUUGCUUGCCUUACAAGAAUUGCCAGUCAGCCCUGCAGAUUAUGGAGAAAUAUUGAAAAAUUUAAAUAAACAGCUAAAUGAGAAAAAUCAAUGUCCAUAUUACAUAAUAAUUGGCGGAAAAUUCCACAAUGAAAACUCUGCUUAUCUUUACAAUACAAAAUAUUUUGUUAAUAUUUGCAACACUGACAGUAAAGAUUUGGAUUGUGCAAAAACAUGGGAGACUGAAAAAGAAAAUCAUAAAAUGUUGAUGCAUCAAUUUUUUCGACCACCACUUAUUGUUUCUUUUCAAACAAAAUAUUGUGAAUUGGAUACAUUUACCUUUAUUUCUUUGCAUACUAGUCCUAAUAAGAAAGCAACAAGUAAUCGAAUUGAAAAGAUAUUUUAUUGUUACCCUUCAACAGCUGAAGAGAUAGAGACUCUUUUCAAAUUGUCAAAAGAUAUAACAGCAAAAUAUGAUGAUGAGGUUCAUUUUAAAAAUUUGAUUAUUGGUGGAGAUCUUAAUUGGUCUGAACAAUAUCUUUCACAUGAGCCAAAUGUACCAAAAGGAUUUACUUUAUGUACCCCAAAGAUCAAUACCAAUCAAAUUAAAACAGAAAUAUAUGACAGGUUAUACAUAUAUGGAACUGACUUGGAAAAAGCUAUAAUUAGAAAUAGUGGAACAGUUUAUUACAACGGGUACAGGAGAAAACGUCCACUGGAGAAAACGUCCACUGUUUGGAGAAAACGUCCACUGCUUGGAGAAAACGUCCACUGGAGAAAACGUCCAUUAUAA